CAAAAAUUAAAUGUCUUUGCUGUCGAUGAUAAAACUCACAUUAAAAUGGCAUCUAGAUUGGAAUGUUUCUGUAUCUCCAUUGAAAUCAUCUACAUAAAAAAUGCUAUAAAUGUAUGCAUACGUGAUGUUCUAUGUUCGCCGUUUAAUGAUCCUGAAAUUGUUGUAAAAGUUCAAAAGAAUCUUUCGCCGGACGGAGUAAUUGUUGCCAGUAAUGGGGCAUUGCUGCAGCAAAGGCACCGUCGCAGCCUCAGCCCUGAAAGACGAUGUUAACCUUGGAUCAACCGCCGCUGGCAGAAACCACAUUCAACACAAACCGCCGUCUCUAAGCGGCUCGGUUGGUAAAGUGAGCAACGGUGCUUCCAGUAGCGACACUCCACUUCAUUCUUACACCGGGAGUCCAGGGCAGAUCCCGUACCCGGAGGGAGUUGGGGCGACUCCAUCGCCGGCGGGGACACCAAGGAGAACGUUCAAAUGGCCGUUCCCACCUCCGUCCCCGGCAAAACCGAUCAUGUCGGCGAUACGGAAACGGCGGGACACUAAAAAAGAAAAGCCGGCUGCCAUACAAGAAGACGACAGGAAAGAGAGAGAGCCACCGCUGGAUAAACAUUUCGGGUUUCCGAGAAACUUCCGGGCCAAAUAUGAGUUGGGAAAGGAAAUAGGAAGAGGGCAUUUCGGCCAUACUUGUCGAGCGAAGUGUAAAAAAGGAGCUCUAAAAGACCAGUUUGUUGCAGUCAAAAUCAUCUCCAAAUCUAAGAUGACAACGGCUAUAUCGAUUGAAGAUGUACGUAGGGAGGUAACAUUAUUAAAAGGCUUAUCAGGGCAUCAACACAUGGUCCAGUUCUAUGAUGCAUUUGAAGAUGAUCAUAACGUAUACAUAGUCAUGGAAUUGUGCCAAGGGGGAGAGCUUCUAGAUCGAAUAUUAUCCAGGGGUGGAAGAUAUAUAGAACAUGAUGCUAAAUCAAUCGUCAUGCAAAUACUGAAUGCUGCUUCAUUUAUUCACCUACAAGGAGUUGUACACCGUGAUUUAAAGCCAGAGAACUUUCUUUUUAGUACAAAAGACGAAGAUUCUCCAAUGAAGGUUAUAGAUUUCGGUUUAUCCGACUUUGUUAGACCCGAUCAACGUCUGACUGAUAUUGUUGGAAGUGCUUACUAUGUUGCGCCUGAAGUGCUCCAUAGAUCAUAUAAUGUCGAAGCUGACAUGUGGAGUAUUGGUGUUAUAACAUACAUAUUAUUAUGUGGAAGUCGACCCUUUUAUGGUAGAACUGAAUCGGGUAUAUUUCGUUCAGUGGUAAGAGCAGAUCUUAAUCUUAAUGGUUCACCUUGGCCUUCUGUAUCGCUAGAAGCCAAAGAUUUUGUCAAAAGAUUACUUAACAAAGACCAUAGAAAACGAAUGACUGCUUCCCAAGCUUUGACUCAUCCAUGGUUGAAAGAAGAAAAGCAUGGAGUGCCAUUGGACAUUAUGGUGUAUAAAUUGGUCAAGUCUUAUGUUCGAGCUACACCUUUAAGGCGUGCUGCAUUAAAGGCUCUCUCAAAAGCUUUAAGUAAGGAUGAGUUGAGAUACCUAAGUGCUCAGUUUGAUCUAUUGGAACCAAAAGAUGGGUGUGUUUCCUUGGACAAUUUUAAAACGGCUCUUGUGAAACAUUCAACUGUUGCCAUGAAAGAAUCACGGGUCUUUGAUAUCUUAGAUAAGAUGAAGCCAUUAUCUUACACUCAAAUGACAUUUGAAGAGUUUUCUGCUGCUGCAAUAAGCCCAUAUCAACUUGAGGCUCUUGAAGAAUGGGAAAUGAUUGCAAAAUCGGCUUUUCAGUACUUUGAACUUGAAGGAAACUGUGUUAUUUCAAUAGAUGCAUUAGCACAGGAAAUGAAUGUGGGGGAAUCUGGUUAUUUGAUACUGAAGGAUUGGAUAAGAAGUAGUGAUGGAAAGCUUAGUUUUCUUGGGUACACAAAGUUUUUGCAUGGUUUGUCGAUUUAUAGUUCCAAUAUGAGGCAACAACAAUAA